AUGCCAUUUAAGAUAGUCCAAACAUUGGAAAGGGGUGGUUAUCGCUUAACCGUGGUACCAUCCCUUUGGGAAAGUAAUAAUAUAUUACGGUGGCCCCCAAAAAGCAAAAACAUUUUAAGAGUUAUAAAAGAUGAGUCAUCGAAGCCCGGUACCGAUUGGGAAAAAAUGAAAUGCAACGUUAAAAGAAGACAAUUAUCCUCAUACGCACAGGCCGAAAUGGAACUUGAAAUCAUGGAGCGCCAAAGCGAAACCGAUGUCAACGAGCUGCAGCACGACCAAACUCUAUCGCAUAGCAAUAUUCAAGCUCAUCAAGAGUUAGACACGUUUGAUUUCAACGCUUAUGCCGAUACUUUGGCGAACACCAACUCGUCUCCAAAAAACGUCAACAAUACUAAUACGCAUACAGGAGAAGUUAUAUUGCAAGUGUGCGGUGAUCAAAAUAAUUUAACAGAAAAAAUGGACACAAUAAUUAAUAUGAUUCAUAAUCAAAACCAAAUCAUAGAAAAUAUGGCGAACAAAAUCUGUGUUAUGUCCGUCCAAAUAGAAGACAUCACUGAAAAACUGUCGAGACACGAACACCAACCUAUGAAUAUGGAAGUUACUUUAUUGAAAAAUACCAAAAAUUUACCUGAAAAUGAGAGCUAUAGCUUUGCAAUAAUCGAAAAUCAACAACAGUUGGAUGCAUUAGAGGUAAAACUAGCAGAUAAAGCCGAAUAUAAAAAACUGAAACGCCAUUUGUCAUUUUUGUGCACGCCAACAGUUGGGGAAGGCAAAAACUUUGCCUACAGACUAAUGGACUCGAUGCUAUCACGUGAUUUCGUCCCUUUAUGUUCCUGGUCGGGUGGGAGCCGGGGUGAUGUUUCAAAAAUCGCUUUGAAAGACUACAAAAUGUUUAAAAAGUUCUUUUUCGAAUUGAUACAUUCAUGGGACUCUGCCUUCACAAUUGAGAGCACAGAAAGCUUUUUCAAGGUGGCCUUAAAAAACUCUACGAAACGCAAAUCCAUGAAAAACCUUAGGGCGUCAAGGACAAAACGCCGUCGCAAAAAUACUGCAAAAAAGGGCAUUGAACCAAUAAUCGCAAAAAGACAAGGCGAAGAUACGAGUAAUAUAGAACAAGAGCAAAACAAGCGCAAUAAUGAAGCGAUGGAGACUAUUAAUAUUACACAAAAACAAGACCAAAAUAAGCGCAAUAACGAAGAAGAUGAAGCGAUGGAGACUAUCAAUAUUACACAAGAACAAGAGCAAAACAAGCGCAAUAACGAAGAAGUUAUGCGAUAGACCCUAUCAAUAUUACACAAGAAAUGCCACUGAAUGGUCAAACGUCAACUUCUACCGUUCAGAGUUAAAUUACUAAUUAAUGUAUCGUUGGUAAUAUUAAUGGGUACUUAAACUACAAGUAGGAUUAAUUUUUUUAUGUUCUGAUAUUUUUAUUAAAUAUAAUUGUGUUUAAAAUAAAUACUACAUAAAGGGUGAUUUUUGAGUCGUGAUCCAAAACCACUUUUUCUUAUUAUCAUCUGAAAAUAUUAUUUAUUGGUGAUACACAAUAAUAAUCAACGCAUAUAUUAGACUCAUCUUUGAAUUCUGAAUGUUGACUUGUUCUCUUGCUAUACGACCCCGAAAUCACCCUGUAAAAUGUAGGUAGGUACUUUACCUAGCUAGAAGAUGCUUCAUUAUGUUAUGAUACUUAUGAUAAUGUAUGUGUUAGGUAUAAUAUAAUAUAAUAUUAUACCCACGAUUUUUCUACUUGUAUUUGUGAGUAACUCUAGUUAGAUCAAGAAAAGUCUGCAACGAUUUU